AUGGCUGGUGAGGGAGUGACGACUGCAGUGAAUGAGUUGAUCAAAGAGGCGGUGCUGGCAGCAGUGAGAGAGGAGUUGGCUGCACACAGGGAGGAGGUGGAUGAGCUGCGGCACAUGUUGACAGCAGUGAAGGGGGAGUUGGCUGCGGUGAAAGGGGAGUUUACAGCAAUUAAGGAGGAGUUGGUAGUGGUUAAAGGGGAAUUGGCAGUGGUGAAGGGGGAGUUGGCGAAACACGAGCACACUAUGGCAGAGAAAGUGGCUGAGAGUAGUAGGGCAUUGGAUGGAACAGGGCUGAUAGGGAAGAGUAGAAAGAGAAAGCAAGAAAUCAGAGCGGAUGUUGCACGGCAGGAGGAGAGGAGGAGGGAGGUGCAGCAGUUGAAUCAGUCGCAUGCCAUGGACGACCUGGCGGCCUCUAAUGAAGGGCAGAAGAAACGAAACCUGAAACUGAAUGUUGCGCUGCAGAUCAAGCAGAGUAAAGGCGAUCAGAAGAUGGCAUGGAAGCCUCUAAGAUGUUUAUUCCUAUGCUUGUCAUCCAUGCCCUCUUCAUCCAUGCCCUCUUUAUCCAUGCCCUCUUCAUCCAUGCCCUCUUCAUCCAUCACCUCCAGGCUAUCCAGUCAGCAUCACGACGAGCGGAACUGA